GAUUCUUUCAAAUAAUAAUAAUUGUAAAAAAUUUGAUUUAGAACUUUUUCAUGCGUUUAAUUACAUUUGAGCAGCAAAGUCAAUCUGACAUUGUUGUCAACACUUUAAUUGAGCGUCUAACGAAAUCGAAAAAUGAAACCCGCAUGAAAAGUUACAUUCUAAGAGAAUUACCAAAAGAAACUGAUCUCUAUGGUGGUGAAAAACAUGAAAAACUUGACAUGAAAUAUGUAAACGAAACAUUUAAGUACAUCAUUAAUGGCGUACUGUUUCCCAACUAUAGCAACAUUAAUUUGUAUUUGGCUGAAAUGAUUCAGAAUUCAGAUAAUUUAAAUUAUUCAAUUUUUAAGAAAACCGUGUAUAAUCAUCUCUUGCAACAUCACUUCAAUUGGGAGUACUGUUCGCAAAAAAAUUACACAUCAACACUACCUCAAUUGACAAUUAAAAAAAUUUUCGACGACUACAUUUGGUCAAUUUUUCCCCAACCCGAAGAAGACAUGAGCAUAAUGGACGUUAAAUACAUUUAUUCAAUGGUAGGUUUAAAUAUCCUCAGGUCCACGUCAUCGGAUGAACCAAAUCUUUCGUUCUCGGAAUAUAUUUUAAUCACGCGACAACUUGAUUUGCAGCAUAUCGAUAAUGAAACCUAUAAAAUUGUAUUACCGUAUUUCUCAACUGCAGCUUUAUUUUUUUAUGCCUCUAAAGGCAAAGGAAUAAAUAAAAUUAAUUUAAAUGAUGAAUUUUGGAGAGAAGCUUAUAAAAUUUUAUUUACCGAAAUUGAUAUCAAAAUGAAUGAAAUUGUAAGUAAAGAAAUUGAGAAUAGUUUGCCUUACAAACUGGAAAGGCAAAUCAAUAAUACCAAAACUCGGACGAUGAUUGCCCGAGAAAUACUUAGUCUUUAUUGUUUUAAUUUGGGUGACAAUAUUGAAAAAUUUGUGUACUUGUAUAAAACCGUGUACCUUUGGACACUAAAAUUAGUACUCCAGCAGAGUUGCUUUACAAGUCAUUUUCCAGAUUUAGAUAAUGUAUUUCUUAAGCAAUUUCCAAAAAUAGUGAAACUGUACAAACAAAUUGAAAGAAAUGCAAUUACGAAAGUCUUAAUAGAUAGUGAAUUAUUUAAAAAAAUUAAUUUAAAUGAAUUUAUAUUUUCCGCAAAAGUAGAAUACCGUGAAUGUGAUAUGUGCCCAGCUGAAAUAGUAAAACUAAACGAGAACAUAUAUACACUAUUUGCAAUAGCUCAUAAAAGAGUAAAAGAAUUUUACGCUAUUAGGCAGAUGAAUGGAGAAUUGACAUUAGUUAAUGUCAAUGGAAAUCUAACAAAAUUUAUUCGUUCCAUUGUUACUGAUAAUGCCAAAUCAUAUAAAAUGAACUUAUAUCGAUACUCAACGUAUAAAUAUCCGAAUGAAAAUUAUACAUUUUUUGUUGAAAGAAUUGCCGAUAUGAAGACAAAGGCGUUUAUAACAAACAUGAUAGAAGUAUAUAAAGAGAAAACUCUUGGGGAAAAAAUUUUAAAUGUCGUGAAAAGUUUUAUCCCAUUAUACAAUUGUAUUGAAAGUUCAAUAGCAGGUGACAAAAUUGGAGCCACGAUAAGUUGUAGCCUGGAUAUUUUAAGUUUUAUUCCAGUUGUAGGUUUUUGGGCCUCAUCUUCAUUUAAGGUAGUCAACAGUGUCGAAAGUGCAAUUAUUAAGAAUGUUUUUAUUGCAAACGCUGUUGCAAAGACAUCCGAAAUUGUGACCAAAAUGUCAUUAACUACAGCGUUAAAGACAAUUGCAAAAGAUUCUGUUAUAACAAUCGCAAAACAAAUUUUAACUAAAGAAUUCUUUAAAGGUUUAACAAUAGCCUCCCUUCGAACACUAGAUCCUGGAUUUGAAUUACUUCACUCAAUGGGCCGCUUUAGUUUUAAAAUGUUAGGAAAACUGGUUAAAAAUUUUGAAUUAAUGUUUAAAACUAUAUCACAAGCUAAAAAUUUUAUAUUAUCACUGAAAACCUUAUUAAUGAACAUGAAACGAAAUAUACAUCUGUUAACUGACAUAAGGGGAUUAGUACCAAAGGUUUUAUUGAAGAAAAAUAAUUAUGACAUUGUUAGAUACCAUUAUCCUGGUAGUUCACGUUUAUUUGGACCUGAGUACAUAAGAUCAAUUGACACAAUUGCCGAAUUAAGAACCGUGCAAGGAGCUUCAUAUAAGGUUCCAGUUGUUCCAGUAAAAUCAUCCGGUGAAAUUUCUUACAAAGAAUUCGUUCCAGAAAUGAACAGUAUAAUUGGACCCGAAAUGAAAAUGGAUAACAAUGAUCUUCUUCGUCGAGUUAAAUAUAUGGUAGCGGAUAUGGUUGCUAAUGGACCAGAAAUGAAAAUAACUCGUGAUUAUCAAGUCUAUCCUAUUACAAUAGAAUGGAAAAUAAAACCUGCGAAUGAAUACGACGGAAAAUUAGUGUUACAAAAAGCAUCUCAACCACUUUCGGAUGAAUCCAAUCUGUUAGAAGAAAUAAAUCACAAUGUUCAGUCACAGAAGGGAAACUUAGAGUUACAAAAAGUACCAGAAAUUUUUGAACAAUAUCAUCAUAAAAAAUUUUCUCAUGAAAAGAGAAAAAAUCCAAAUAUAAUGCGGGAAGAUAUGGAAAAUAUUAAUCAACAUCUACAAAAAGCAGAAGAAUCAUUGAUUAAUAUCCCUAAGACUUCAAUACAAUCUGUACAUGAAAAACCAAACACAAUCAUUAAAGCAGGUGAUAUAUCAAAUAGUUUCGAAUAUUCAACACCACAACUGCAAAGAUUACAAGAAUUUGCGAAUAGUAUCCCAGGAACGUCGAGACAAAAUUUCCAAAUUAACCCAAACAUAAAUAUUGAAAAAGUCGAAACAUUAUCAGAAAAUUAUGUUCAUUCUUCGCCAUAUGUGAAAGAAAUACUAGAACAAGUGAAAAAAAAUCAAUAUCUAAAUCCAGAUAAAAUAAAAUUAGAUACAAUUUCAGGAAAUAUAGAAAGUAUUGCAACACAUCAACAUAACAAACCAAAAACAUUGGAUUUGGAUGAUAUCCCCGGAACGUCAAAACAAAAUGUACAUAAAAAUUCAAAUUUAAACAAAAAAAAUGUAAAUACAUUAUCCGAAGGUCUAGAGAACUCUGCACAUCUACCAGUACAAAGACUGUUACCUAACUCCGGGUUUAAAAUAAAUGAAUUUCAACUUAAUCCAAACUUCUACGAAGCGAUGUUAAAAACCCCAACUUACACAGAUUAUGUAGAUGUAUUAAAAUUAUGGAAAUACCAACGUUUAAGCGUUAUGAUGAAAAAAGAAAGUAAAAUGUUAAAUUUACGUUAUGCUUUAAAUAAUCUGGCUCGUUUUCAAAUAGAUAAAAGAUUUCCAUUAAAAAUACCACGUAAACUCUAUUUCACUCAAGAACUUAGCGACAAUGAACUUUCAAAUUUGUUAAAUAAAUUGAAAACAAAAGACUUUUUCUUUAAUGACAUUACUAUUUUGACAAAUAAAGAAUCAAUGAUUUUAGAACCAUCAUUAAUUUCAGGAACAGAAGUACGUUACAGCAUAACAACUACUUCUGCAUAUGGAUUUGUAGACUUAACUAAGUUUCAUAAAGACUUUGAAAAUGAUUACAUAACAUUUAGCGAUGUUUUAUUUACAUUAAAGGAUAUUUCUGAUGAUGAAAGUAACAAAAUUUUAAAUAUUGAAUUAGAGCAAAAGAAAAUAUCAUUUAAUUCUUGGUAUCGUUGUUUAGAUUCGGAUUUGAGACAAUUGUAUCAGUUGGAAGAAAAUGCACAAUUAUCAAGAAUGAAAGAGAUUAAAAAUGUUGCCAUUUUAUUAUCUAACAAUCAUCCUUUAACUAGCUUAAAGGCAGUAAGAAACAAUCUUCAAGAGUAUAUUUUAAGCACAAAACCAAGUUUAGAUGUUCCAAGUUAUCAUGAAUUUGCUAAUGAAAUGAUAAAUGGUAAAUUUACGCAUUCUUAUCAGGAAUGGAAAAUAAAUGCUCAUCCCUAUAUUUUGGACGUGUUACAUAAAAGAUAUUUAGAUAGUAUUUCUACAGUGAAAGAAGCAGAAAAAAGAAUUAAAGAAAUAUAUGGUUUCUUUUAUUUACAAAAUAUAGAUGAAGCUUUUUCUAAAUAUAAUAAAAUCAAAGAUAUUAGACAACAUCUUCGAUUUGAGGAUUAUUAUAUUUUGUAUUCCUACACGCAGAGAAAGAGUUUAUUAAAUAUUAGUGGACAAAGACGAAUGGAUGCUGCAAUUAAUCGACUUGCACUUAGACAAAGUGACACAAAUAGAGUAGAUUUAAUGUUUCAUCGUGCUGAAAUGAUUAGUAAAGAUUAUGCUUCGCGUCUUUUAAAUUUCAAGAAAAAAAAAUUUAUUACACUUAAUGAGCAUAUGAUAGUGUAUCCAGAUCGUGAAAGUGAAUUAGCAAAUUGUCUAAAUAUGAAGCGUAGUUCAUCAGAAAUUCCGUUAUUAAUGGAUAUUAGAUUAAAAAAUACGGCCGGUCUUGCUGACAUUGGUAAUGUUAUUUCCGAGGGAAAUCCAUUUUAUGUCAUGUCAUCGAGGUCUGAUCUUAUAUUGGAGAAUAUAGUAUAUCUUGACAAAAUUGGAGAUACGGAAGUGUUGAUUAUGAAAAUGGUGGAUGGUGGAAGUUCAACGGAAAAAAGAAUGGUUAAUAUCGCAAAGAAUCUUGAGCAAUUAUAUUCCACAGAUACCAAGUUUUACUCGGAAUUUGGUAAUUAGAUUUCUGUAAAAUUCCUUGUUUUUAAAAUAAUAGAUACAGUACGUGCAUGUCACAUAUAUAUAUAUGACAUUAAUCAACGUAUUGGUGUUGGGAAAAAAUAUCUACUUCUUAUCUAGUAUGUAAAAUUAUCAUCUCUGAUGAUUUCAAUUUAACUAAUUCGAUGGUACAUAAACUGAGUUGUGAGGUUAAUCAUUUUUAUAGUGAUCUUCACUUUUUUGGUCCCUUAAUACAUUUAUAAAAGAUUUACGUAAUACAUUUUUUUCGAUAAGCAAUAACAAUAAUGUAUCCAAAUAAAUAAAUAUUACAUUCGUUAUGAAAAAAUUA